AUGGCUGCUGCUUCCCGCGAAAUCUCUCCGACGGAGGAAGAAGGCACACUCCUGUGGAAACGCAUACUUGAAUUUAUCAUCAAGAUGACCUCGGGAUUGGUCUACUCCAUAGCGAUGCAUUCUUUGAUCAUCACUGCAUACGUGUUGUUGAUAUUCCAGAUUUUCUACACAAACCAGUUUGAUCUCAGUGAAGUGAUCGGUCUUUGCUACUUUUACCUUAUCUUUAUCGUAGCAGAAGUUGCAGUGAGAUGCUUUUGUGGAGAUCAUCCAAUGGCUGUCACUAAAUCCGGUCAUGUCGCUCAUUUAUACGGAUCGAUCUUUCUCACCGCCUUCAUGGAUCCGUUAAAUCUUAUUGAGGAUAUUCUCUUUACUUCCCUUGCGGCAUCGCUUGUGUGGUGGACUCUCUUCGUUUUACUUGCCUCUUUUAUUCCUGCUUAUAUUGCUUAUAAUCAAGAAGAAGGAUACUUAACCGAACCAUUGGUUUAG